AAUUCACAGAGAAUAUAUAUAUAGCCACAUGUAUCUUCUCAAUUAUCUCUCAGCCCAAAUACCUUACAGCUCUAUACCAGAACAAGCAAGGCCACCUGCACCACAUACCUUUGAUCAUGUUCACCAAGGCCGCUAUCGUCGUCGCCCUCGCUGGCACUGUCAAUGCAGCUCUUUCCAUCAACACUCCCGCUUCUCUCAUUGAAUGCCAGCCAGCCGCUCUUUCAUGGAGUGGUGGCUCUUCCACUCCUUACUAUCUUGCCGUCCUUCCUGGUGGCCAAGUUUCUGCCACUGCUCUCGAGAACAUCGACACUGUUGACACCGAGUCGUACACUUGGACAGUCAACCUUGCUUCGGGCACCAACAUAACCAUCAGGGUCACCGAUGGCAGCGGCAAUAUCGCUUACUCUUCCCCCGUCGUCAUCCAGGAAGGCUCCAGCUCUUCCUGUUUGACUUCUAGCUCUUCCUCAUCUGCCACUGCCGCUGCUGGCUCUUCUUCCGGUGACUCUUCUGCUUCCACAACUGCCUCUGGCUCUUCUGCCUCAUCAGGCUCUUCUGGCUCUUCUGCUUCCACAACCGCCUCUGGUUCUUCUGCCUCCGCUUCUUCCUCUUCUUCCUCUAGCGACUCCGGAGCCCUUCUCACCAAGGGCAACGCCGGUGUCGCUGCUUCCCUCGUCGGUAUUGUAGCCGCCGCUUUCGCUGCUGUUGCUUAGCAACGUAACAUUGGACAGUGAAGACCUUUUUAUUGUUUGAAAACAGAACAAGCUAAAAUGGGAAUGAUCAUUGAACAUUUGUAGCUAGUUUGAUUGGACGUCUGAGAUACGAUCUUUAAAGAUUUACAAGUACGACCCUCCCCCUAAUGGUAGUGUGAUGCAGCAUUGAUUGAUUUUUUUUCCCUUUUUUUUUACAUUGAUACUCAUCAACAAGCAGUGUACAAGUUAUGGCUCCCAGCAUAUUUUAUUUACGUUGGCCUAGCUGGCUAUCGGUAAAUAAAUUGAUGAUAUCGAAAAACCAGGCGUGUGGCAGGCCGGUACGAUAACGAUAGGCAGUAGAUGGGGGGUGAUAACUGGAUACUACAAUGAUGAUUAGAUUAUUAUAUUCUCGAUAUUUUGCCGUCGCAGAAAGAGAACGACGUUAAAGACGUCAUCGUAACGGAAGAACCACUGGUGAGUUUGGUUCUUUGGCCAAGUCGAAGAGGCACGCCGGAGACCGAACUAUAGCUAGACUGGGUAAUAUAUACACUAGUACCCUCUUCCUUUUUUUUGCUCAUGUCUUCGUUCCUGCUUAUUGAUUCACAGUAAUUUAUGGUUAGUCAUUUGUUGCGAUCGUUGAUUAUGUUGAUUUACGUUGAUUGUUGUCCGUCAUUUCUCGUCUUUUAUUUAUGGAUACGAUUCAGGACAACAGUGAGGGUUGGUCCAGCAUUCAGUAGCCGCAGCAGUAAACAACUAACUGUACUCCAUGCUUCGCUGCUACGGUCAUUACAACCAUUCGUAUCCCGCUGAUACUGAUGGUGGGUAACACCAUCACACAAGAAGCAACAAGGAAUAUACACAAUAUAUAGUGUCACGAAGUUUAUCAUGGGCAUUAUUUCUUGUGUACUACUUCUUGGUAUCUAGUAGAAAGUCACAAAGACAAUAUCUGACCUCGUAUAAAGGGCAAGUAAGACGAUCAUAA